AUUCCUUUCUUUUUAUUUAAUUUUAUGUUUAAAAUUCUUUGUUAUCUUUAAGAAUGUCCAAAGGCACAGGACCUUUGUCCAAGUUGUAUAACGCUACUAUUAGUGUUGUAGAUAAGAUUGUUCCAAACGCAGUACAGCCACUUUGGCAAUCCCCAGCAGGUCCUCGUACAGUUUUUUUUUGGGCUCCAGCGUUUAAGUGGACUUUGGUGCUGGCGGGUCUGAGUGAUACUCUAAAUCGUCCUGCUGCGAACAUAUCGCUCAAUCAGUGUGCCUCCCUGGCAGCAACUGGUUUAAUUUGGUCCCGCUACUCAGUGGUUAUAACGCCCAAGAACUACAGUCUUCUGGCCGUUAAUGUAGCCGUGUUCUUCAUCCAAGGUUAUUUAGUGGUCAAGCACCUAAGAUGGCGCAAUGAAAAUAUCCGGAAUGCUGUGAACAAGCAUAAUAACUAUCCGAUCAACAAGGAGGAUGAUUGGUAAC